CUAGCCCACGCCGCGUACCCGGCAGCAGGUUAGCCAUGGCGAUGGGCGGCGGCGGUGGCGGCAGUAGCAGCGGCGUCCCAGAGCCGGAAGACACGGUGCUGUUCCGGCGCGGCACAGGCCAGAGUGAUGAUUCUGACAUUUGGGAUGAUACAGCAUUGAUAAAAGCUUAUGAUAAAGCUGUGGCUUCAUUUAAGCACGCUCUAAAGAACGGUGACAUUCCCGAAGUUUCAGAAAAACCAAAAGGCGCACCUAAAAGAAAACCUGCUAAGAAGAAUAAAAGCCAAAGAAAGAAUACCACAACUCCCUUGAAGCAGUGGAAAGUUGGUGACAAAUGUGCUGCCAUUUGGUCAGAAGAUGGCUGUGUUUACCCAGCUACCAUUGCUUCGAUUGACUUUAAGAGAGAAACCUGUGUUGUCAUUUACACUGGAUAUGGAAAUAGAGAGGAGCAAAAUCUGUCUGAUCUACUUUCCACAACCUCUGAAGUAGCUAAUAAUAUAGAACAGAAUGCUCAGGAGAAUGAAAAUGAAAGUCAAAUUUCAACAGAUGAAAGCGAGAACUCCUCCAGGUCUCCUGUAAAUAAACCAAAUAGCGUCAAGUCAAAAGCUGCUCCAUGGAACUCUUUUCACCCUCCACCACCCCAUAUGCCAGGACCAGGUCUGGGACCAGGAAAGCCAGGUCUAAAAUUCAGUGGCCCGCCGCCGCCACCCUUCCCGUCAUCCUGGCUGCCUCCAUUUCCUUCUGGACCACCAAUAAUUCCCCCACCACCUCCUAUGUGUCCAGAUUCUCUGGAUGAUGCUGAUGCUUUGGGAAGUAUGUUAAUCUCUUGGUACAUGAGUGGUUAUCAUACUGGUUACUAUAUGGGUUUCAAACAAAGUCAUAAAGAAAGAAGGCACUCACAUUUCAAUUAAGGAGUAAGUCUACCAUCAUUAUAAAAGAGAAUGUUACUUUUUUAUAAAUUUUGUAGUUUGUAGAAAAUAUAUGUUUAAAAAUUAAAAUAUUGAAAAGUAGAAAAGUUAAUGUAAAACAAUAUUAAAGACAUUUUGAUGCAAAAACUAUUUGAUAAAAGAUUGAUCUAAAUCCCCUCUAGAAUUCUUAUGAUGUCAAAGUAUCAUCUCAGCAAAUACUUGUUGGUUGGUUGUAUUGAAAGGAAAACAUACCUUUAUAAUAAAGAGAUCCUUAGAAUCAGAGAUGAAAUUUUGCGUCACUGUAAUCAGACAGUCAGACUUGCUUUUUCAUUUGAGAUGCAGUAUGAAAUACACUGUAUUACCUAUGAAGUGUUAUGGUCAAAAAAAAAAAGUGGAAUUUAAACAAACCUUUAGGAUCUACUUUCCCAUUUAUCAGAAAUACUGGGGAUAGAGCAACAAGUUAAAUGACACCACAAAAGAAAUGAUCAGACAGGUCCAGAACGUGGCAUGUUGUAGAAGAUAACUGGCCUCCUUUCUUCAAAAAUUCAGUGUCAUGAAAGAAAAAAUGACAUGGAGUAGGUAACUAUUCCAGAUUAAAAGUGACUUGAGAUAUAACAGCCAAAUACAAUGUGGCAUCCUUCAUUAUUCAUUAGACCCUGGUUUUGAAAAGCUAUUUGUAAGAGACUUGGGGGUUGAGGAAAUUUGAAUAUAGACUGGAUUUUAAAUGAUAUUAGAUAACUAUUGCUAAUUUUAUGAGCUGUGAUAAGGGUGUUGUAGUUUCUGGAAGAAGGUCUUUAAAUUUGCAUACUGAAGUAUUUAGAAGUGAAGUGUUACAGUGUUUGUAAUACAUUUCUAAAUGAUUUAGCAAAAUGUAUAUAUGUGUGUGCAUGAAGCAUAUAUGGCUGUUAUUGAAUCUCAGUGGUGUUCAUAUGGAUGUUCAUUGUACUAUUUUUUUCUAUUUUCUGUGUGUUUGAAAAGUACAUAAGAAAAGUGUUCAGUAUUUUUAACUAAAUUAGUAAAAUCUAUGUGUCUAUUGUAUUCCCUUUUUACAUAUUAUUUUACACUUUUGGUCCAUAUUCAUCCAUAUUUUGAUGUUUGUCAUCAGUAUUUUGUGCAUGUGUGUGUGUAUAUAUAUCCCCACUUAAUAUCACAUUUUUAAUGUUUUUACGUAUUCUUUCUAUCAGCUUGUUUGCCUGUAUGUUAUGCCACUCUUCCUUUAGUUCAGUAGCUUUUGGCAUUCUCAAUAACAUUAGUAACUACCUUCUUAUAUGUAGUACUCGGUUCUAUUCUGUCACAGCGUUAGGGUAACUUUCUGUGUUGUGACUAUUUAAUAAAAGGUUGUGGACAUUA